AUGCGACCAGCGGGUUGCGCGCCCCAGCGGCGCGCUGACGCAGAGAGCGUGAGACGAGCCCAGCUGGCGCUGCAGCGCCGUACCGGUGCUGGCCACACGACGCGGGCGGGGCCGCAGGCGAUGCGAGUCGGCCACGGCCACGCCAUCAUGCGUGCCCACCGGCACGGGAUCGGCAUCACCCAGACAAGCUUCUAUCGCCGAGCUCGACGACCGCACGAGCAUCUGAAGAAGGGCAGCUGCCAGCGCAUCGUCGAGCGCAGCCGGAGAAGGGCACUGGCCAGGACGACAUCCGCCGCCUCUGCUGCGUCUGCGCGGGCCCCACCGGGGGAGACGCGCGCUCGAAGAGAUCUCGUGGCGUGCGAUCGGGGGUGGGCGCUCUCUGGCCAUGCCGCCUUGGCAGAGACAGAUCACCAGAUGCUCGUACUUCACCUACUACAUGCUCGGUCCUGA